AUGAACCAUAAUGGAGCUUGUGAACAGUCCACAGAAGAUAACGCGAACGAUGGGGUUAAUAAUGGCUUAAAUCUAGCACAGCCAUGUGAAGGCUACACAGAUACAAGGACUAGCAACAAUUAUGAAGAAAACAAAAGUAUGACAUGCAAUAAUGAAAACGGUGUAGUUAAUAUAAAUAAGGAUCCUCAUAAUUUUACCAAUAAUUCCAAUGGUCAAACAGGAAAUACAAAUGAUCCAUCAAACUUGAUGAAUAAUACUAAUUUGCAAGGGCAUGCAUCAAGUAUAGGAGCUCCUAAUAUACCCAGCAAUAUGCCCAUGCAUAAUAUGAACCUACAAAAUAAUGCUAUUAAUAGUACGUAUUAUAAUAAUCAACAGUACAAAAAUGACCUUAAUAUGAAUAAUAGUCUACAAGAAAAUGCAAAAACUGCCCCCAGCAAUGUUAACAAUUUUAUGCAUAGUAUGAACUCAUUCCCACAAAAUAUGUCGAACCUGCCACAAAAUAUGACAAAUUUACCACCGAAUAUGACAAAUUUACCACCGAAUAUGGCGAACCUGCCACCGAAUAUGCUUAACCUACCACCGAACAUACAUAGCAUGCCUCCAAACAUGCAUAAUAUGCCUCCAAACAUGCAUAAUAUGCCUCCAAAUAUACAUAAUAUGCCACCAAAUAUGCAUAGCAUACCACCAAACAUGCAUAGCAUACCACCAAACAUGCAUAGCAUACCACCAAACAUGCAUAGCAUACCACCAAACAUGCAUAGCAUACCACCGAAUAUGUAUAGUAUGCCACCGAACAUGCCUAAUAUGCCGCUGAAUAUGAAUUAUCUACCCCCCAAUAUAAGCCACCUUUUGCCGAACAUGAUGAACCUUCCUCCACCCCCCUUUAUGAUGAAAAUGUCAGGUGUAAAAAUGAAAAAUAAUAAAAUGGGAAGUUCAAUGGAAAAUCUUAAAGGUGCAAGUACUAUGAAUAAUCAUAAUGCGUAUCAUCAAAAUGUGGAUAGUAUGACGUUCAAUAAUAGACCUCCAUAUAUGCAAAAUAGUAGUGGAACUAUUAAUGGUAACAUACAAGGGAUAAACACAUCCUUUUACUUACCUCCACAUCAGUCUUUACAUUUUCCUAAUUAUAUGAAAAUGCAUAACACGGAAGCGGCACAACAAGGGGAAAACAACAACAAUACCAAUAAUAGUAGUACUGAUGACGUUAUUUCAUCAUCCAUGUAUUUCAAUGCAAAAGAAGAAGAGGAGGGUGGGUUCUACCCUUUUAAUAACAAAGAAAAUGGCAUGCACGUAGAUAAAAAAAACAAUGAAGAAGAAACGGAAGAUGAAUAUAUACAAAAAAAUGGAAAGAUCAAAAAACAGAAAAAGAAAAAAAAAAAAAAACAUAAAACAAAUAAUGAGGAUGAAGAUAUAGAAGGAGAAGAAGGAUAUUAUAUGAAUAAUAUGCGAAUGGAGGGUGCUAACGGUUUUAUGAAUCCUAUGUAUAGAUCUAAAGAAUUUUCUAUAAUUAAAGAAAAAGCUAGGAAAUGGAAAAUGUUGAAUAGUAAAAAAUAUGCAAAAAAGAAAAAAUUUGGUGUUGUAGAAGAAAAAGAAGAAAUGCCGUGUGAGCAUUUGAGAACAAUUGUAAAAGAACAUGGUGAUAUGAGUAAUAAAAAAUAUAGAUAUGAUAAACGAGUUUAUUUAGGAGCUCUAAAAUAUAUUCCUCAUGCAGUAUUUAAGUUAUUAGAAAAUAUACCUAUGCCAUGGGAACAAAUAAAAAAUACAAAAGUGAUAUAUCAUAUAAGUGGUGCAAUUACAUUUGUAAAUGAAAUAUUUGUUGUUAUAGAUCCAUUGUAUAUAGCUCAAUGGGGUACCAUGUGGAUUAUGAUGAGAAGAGAAAAAAGAGAUAGAAAACAUUUUAAAAGAAUGAGAUUUCCACCUUUUGAUGAUGAAGAACCACCACUAGAUUAUGCAGACAAUAUAUUAGAUAUAGAACCCUUAGAAUGUAUACAAAUGAAAUUAGAUAAAGAAGAAGAUAAAAGUGUUAUUGAUUGGUUUUAUGAUUCUAAACCGUUAUUAUAUAAUAAAAAUCAUAUUAAAGGUACCAGUUAUAAGAAGUAUAAAUUAUCAUUAGAACAAAUGGGUGUUCUAUACAGAUUAGGUAAUCAGCUCUUUAGUGACUUUCAAGAUGAUAAUUAUUUUUACCUAUUUAAUCUCAAAUCAUUUUAUACUGCCAAAGCAUUAAAUAUGGCAAUACCCGGAGGACCAAAAUUCGAACCAUUAUAUAGAGAUAUAUAUGAAGAUGAUGAAGAUUGGAAUGAGUUUAAUGAUAUUAACAAAAUUAUUAUACGGCAACCAAUUAGAACAGAAUAUAAAAUUGCUUUCCCAUAUUUAUAUAAUAACAGACCUAGAAAAAUUGCAGUGAGUAAAUAUCACUCACCUAUGUGUGUUUACAUUAAGUUAGAAGAUAUUGAUUUGCCUCCUUUUUAUUUUGAUCUAAUUGUUAAUCCUAUUCCUUCCUACAAAAUUAGAAAAUUCAAUAAUCUUCAUAAUGAAAAAUCAGACUUGGAUGAUUUCUACUUAACAUAUACCAGAAAAGAAAUUGUUUAUGAAGAUACAUAUGACAAAUCGUUUGAUCAAAUGAGAAACAGAAGAAACAAGGACACACAUGUCGAACGUAGUGAGAAGUGUAAAAAUCAAAGUGGAAAGGAGGAGAAAGACGAAGAGGAAGUUAACCACCACCGAAGUCAUAGCAGUAAUAGCGACUUCCUAAAUGAGAAAUAUUGCGAUAAGAGGAAAAAAAAAAGCAGAAAAAAAGAAAUCUCAAAAAAAGACAACCAAGAUGGAAAAGAUGAAAGAGGGAAAAGGAAAAAAAGGGAAGGAAAAAGAGAAUCUGAGAGGGGUAAAAAGAAGGGGUACAGUUCCAGUUAUGAGGGGACAGAAAAUGAUGAGGGUAGUGGAAGCGGCAUGAACAAUAGCAGUAGCGACAGUAAUAUCGACAGGGGAAAGCAUAACGAGAAGCGGAAACCAAAGUUAAGUACAAGCAAUGACAGCAUUGAUAACAGUGAUACGAACGUAUCCAGCAACAAAUACAACUCGAACAACUUGAGUAGCAGAACGAACAAGUAUAAAGAUGAAGACCAAUAUGAAAUGGACAACACUACCUUGGAAAAUUAUUCAUGUGAUAAUAGCUCGAAAAAGGAUUAUAAAAACAAUAAGAAGAGGAGAAACCCGUACCACGACAUGGAAGAUAACUCAGGUGAGGAGGAGCAGACGGAAAGGGAAAACGAAGGAAUGGAUGAGAAGCAAAAGAAGGGGCAACUAGAUGAUAAACAUAUGCAGUAUAAGCGGGAUGAGAUGGAGAAAUGCGGGGAGACUGCAAAAGAAGGUGAAAAAAGAAAGAGAAAAAAGAACAAAAUAACUGUUAAAAAUGUAGUUUAUGGUAUGCUUCCCCUAUUGCAUGACUAUCCCUUAUACACUGAAAGAACUAUUAAUGGAAUUCAGCUAUAUCAUGCACCAUAUCCAUUUAAUAAAAAAUGUGGGUACACAAGAAGAGGGAUUGACAUACCACUGGUUCAGUCAUGGUUUAAGGAACAUAUAUCAACAAAAUAUCCGGUUAAAGUAAGAGUAUCUUAUCAAAAACUUCUUAAGUGUUGGGUGUUGAAUCAUUUACAUUCAAAAAGACCAAAAAGCAUGAAAAAAAAAUACUUAUUUCGAAUAUUCAAAAGUACGAAAUUUUUUCAAUGCACAGAGAUGGAUUGGGUGGAAGUAGGUUUACAAGUUUGUAGACAAGGAUAUAACAUGUUAAAUUUAUUGAUACAUCGUAAGAAUUUGAAUUAUUUACAUCUAGAUUAUAAUUUUAACUUAAAGCCCGUAAAGACUUUAACUACAAAAGAGAGGAAGAAAUCUCGUUUUGGUAAUGCUUUUCAUUUAUGUAGAGAGAUAUUAAGAUUAACAAAAUCUAUAGUAGAUUCACAUGUACAGUAUAGGUUAGGAAAUAUUGAUGCAUAUCAAUUGGCAGAUGGUAUUCAGUAUAUCUUUUCACAUGUUGGUCAAUUAACAGGAAUGUAUAGAUAUAAAUAUAGAUUGAUGAGACAAGUAAGGAUGUGUAAAGAUUUAAAGCAUUUAAUAUAUUACAGAUUUAACACAGGGUCUGUUGGAAAAGGUCCAGGUUGUGGUUUAUGGGCGCCACUAUGGAGAGUAUGGAUAUUUUUCCUAAGGGGGGUAAUACCUUUAUUAGAAAGAUGGUUAAGUAAUCUGCUGGCUAGACAAUUUGAAGGAAGAGUGUCUAAAGGUAUUGCUAAAACAGUAACAAAACAAAGAGUGGAAAGUCAUUUCGACUUAGAAUUAAGAGCCGCUGUCAUGCAUGAUAUUAUUGAUAUGAUUCCAGCUGGAUUAAAAAAUAAUAAGAGCAAAGCUAGGUUAAUAUUACAACAUUUAAGUGAAGCUUGGAGAUGCUGGAAAGCAAAUAUUCCAUGGAAAGUUGUUGGUUUACCAUUACCAGUAGAAAAUAUUAUCAUUCGUUAUAUUAAAUUGAAAUCUGAUUGGUGGAUAAAUGCGACUUAUUAUAAUAGAGAAAGAAUUAAAAGAGGUGCAACUGUAGAUAAAACAGUAUGUAAAAAAAAUUUAGGUAGAUUAACAAGAUUAUGGUUAAAGGCUGAACAAGAAAGACAACAUGAAUAUUUAAAAGAUGGGCCAUACGUUACAGGAGAGGAAGCUGUCGCUCUGUAUACUACUGCUAUUCACUGGUUUGAGUCUCGUAAAUUUACUCAUAUUCCCUUUCCACCAUUAAAUUAUAAACAUGAUACAAAGUUAUUAAUUUUAGCUUUAGAAAAAUUAAAAGAAACAUUUACUGUUAAAAAUAGGCUAAACCAAUCUCAGAGAGAAGAACUAGGUUUUAUCGAACAAGCGUAUGAUAACCCGUAUGAAACACUGUCAAGAAUUAAGAGGCAUUUACUAACACAAAGAGCAUUUAAGGAAAUAUCUAUUUCAUUUUUAGAUUUAUACACCCAUUUAGUACCUGUGUAUGAAGUAGAUCCAUUAGAAAAAAUUACAGAUGCAUAUUUAGAUCAGUACUUAUGGUAUGAAGGGGAUUUGAGAAAUCUGUUUCCAAAUUGGGUGAAACCAUCUGAUAAUGAACCACAGCCAUUACUAGUAUAUAAAAUGUGUCAAGGGAUAAAUAAUUUACAUAAUAUAUGGGAAACCAAAAAUAAUGAAUGUGUUGUCAUGUUACAAACACAGUUUAGUAAAAUAUAUGAAAAGAUUGAUUUAACACUAUUAAAUAGAUUAUUACGUUUAAUUGUAGAUCAUAAUAUAGCUGAUUAUAUAACAGCAAAAAAUAAUACGAAUAUUACAUUUAAAGAUAUGAAUCAUAUUAAUUCUUUUGGUAUUAUCCGAGGAUUACAGUUUUCAUCUUUUGUUUUCCAGUAUUACACUAUUAUAAUAGAUUUACUCAUAUUAGGUUUAACUAGAGCCUACGAUAUUGCAGGUCCAUAUAACGACAUUAAUCAGUUUUUAAGUUUUCAAAAUGUACAAAUAGAAACAAGACAUCCUAUCAGGUUAUAUUGUAGAUAUGUAGACAAAAUAUGGAUAUUAUUUAAGUUUACUAAUGAUGAAUCUAAAGAUUUGAUACAAAAAUUUUUGACAGAAAAUCCAGAUCCAAAUAAUGAAAAUAUUGUUGGUUAUAAUAAUAAAACUUGUUGGCCUAGAGAUUGUCGAAUGAGAAAAAUGAAACAUGAUGUAAAUUUAGGUAGAGCAACCUUUUGGGAAAUACAAAAUAGAAUACCUAGAUCUUUAACCUCUUUAGAUUGGGACCAUUAUAAUACUUUUGUAAGUGUUUAUUCGAAAGAUAAUCCUAAUCUUUUAUUUUCCAUUGCGGGAUUUGAAGUACGUAUAUUACCAAAAAUAAGGCAAUUAAGUUAUGGUAUUAACAUGUACACAUCAUAUAUCAAUGAGUAUAAUAAGAAGGAGUUAAAUGGUGAAGAAGAAGGUGGUAAUCAAAAAGGGGGAAACAAUACAAAUAACAGUAUAAAUAAUAUGGAUGUAAAAUCAUAUGAAAAAAAUGUAGUCAUUUCUUCAAGUGGAAAAGAAGGUACAUGGAAAUUACAAAAUGAUGUAACAAAAGAAAUAACAGCAGAAGCAUAUUUAAAGGUGUCUGAAAAUAGUAUGAAGAGAUUUGAAAACCGAGUCAGGCAAAUAUUAAUGUCAUCAGGAAGUACUACAUUUACGAAAAUUGCUAAUAAAUGGAAUACAACUCUAAUAGGUUUAAUGACUUAUUUUAGAGAAGCAGUAUUAGAUACUGAAGAAUUACUAGAUCUACUAGUAAAAUGUGAAAAUAAAAUACAGACACGUAUUAAAAUUGGUUUAAAUUCAAAAAUGCCAUCUCGUUUUCCACCAGUAGUUUUUUAUACCCCAAAAGAAUUAGGAGGAUUAGGUAUGUUAUCUAUGGGGCAUAUAUUAAUACCUGAGUCUGAUUUGCGAUAUAUAAAACAAACAGAUAAUGGAAGGAUAACACAUUUUAGAGCAGGGUUAUCACAUGAAGAUGAUCAGUUAAUACCAAAUUUGUAUAGAUAUAUAUCUACCUGGGAAAGUGAAUUCUUAGAAAGCCAAAGAGUAUGGUGUGAAUAUGCAUUAAAAAGGAAUGAAUGUCAUAAUCAAAAUAAAAAAAUUACUUUAGAAGAUUUAGAGGAUUCUUGGGAUAAAGGUAUACCAAGGAUUAAUACACUCUUUCAAAAAGAUAGACAUACAUUAGCAUAUGACAAAGGAUGGAGAAUAAGACAAUUAUUUAAGCAAUAUCAAAUUAUUAAAAGUAACCCAUUCUGGUGGACUAACCAAAGACAUGAUGGAAAAUUAUGGAAUCUAAAUAAUUACAGAACUGAUAUGAUUCAAGCAUUAGGUGGUGUUGAAGGUAUUUUAGAGCAUACAUUAUUUAAAGGUACCUUUUUUCCAACAUGGGAAGGAUUAUUUUGGGAAAAAGCUAGUGGUUUUGAAGAAUCGAUGAAAUAUAAAAAAUUAACAAAUGCACAAAGGAGUGGAUUGAACCAAAUACCUAACAGAAGAUUUACUCUAUGGUGGUCUCCAACAAUUAAUAGAGCAAAUGUAUAUGUAGGGUUUCAAGUACAAUUAGAUUUAACAGGUAUAUUUAUGCAUGGGAAAAUACCUACUUUGAAAAUAUCAUUAAUUCAAAUUUUUAGAGCACAUUUAUGGCAGAAAAUACAUGAAUCGCUUGUCAUGGAUAUAUGUCAAGUGUUUGAUCUGAAUUGCGAUUUAUUAGAUAUAGAAACAGUACAAAAGGAAACAAUUCAUCCAAGAAAAUCAUACAAAAUGAAUAGUUCAUGUGCUGAUAUCUUACUUUUUGCAAAUUAUAAAUGGGGUAUAUCCAAACCAUCAUUAUUAUCAGAUGAAGAUAAUAUAUUUACAAACAAUCCUGAAAUAAAAUCCAGUAACAACCCUGCUUCUUUUAGUUCCUAUCCUUAUACCUCCAAUCAGUAUUGGAUAGAUAUCCAACUAAGAUGGGGUGAUUUUGAUUCCCAUGAUAUUGAAAGGUACAGUAGAGCCAAAUUUUUAGACUACACUACAGAUAAUCUGUCUAUAUAUCCAUGCUUAACUGGUGUUUUGAUAGGUGUUGAUUUAGCAUAUAAUUUGUACUCAGCUUAUGGUAACUGGUUUAAUAACCUUAAACCAUUAAUGCAAAAAGCGCUACAAAAAAUUAUUCAAUCCAAUCCGUCAUUAUACGUAUUAAGAGAAAGAAUUAGAAAAGGUCUUCAGUUAUAUUCCUCUGAACCGACUGAACCUUAUUUGAAUACGCAAAAUUAUAACGAAUUAUUUUCAUCUCAAACUAUUUGGUUUGUCGAUGAUACAAAUGUAUAUAGAGUUACUAUUCAUAAAACGUUUGAAGGAAAUUUAACUACUAAACCUAUUAAUGGUGCUAUAUUUAUAUUAAAUCCCAAAACAGGACAAUUAUUUUUAAAAAUUAUACAUACCUCUGUAUGGAUAGGGCAAAAACGUUUAUCUCAGCUAGCGAAAUGGAAAACAGCAGAAGAAGUCGCUUCUUUGAUUAGAUCAUUACCUAUUGAAGAACAACCAAAACAAAUAAUUGUUACAAGAAAAGGUAUGCUGGAUCCGUUAGAAGUCCACUUAUUAGAUUUCCCAAAUAUUAUUAUCAAAGGAACAGAAUUGAACUUGCCUUUUCAAGCUUUAUUAAAACUUAAUAAAAUAGGAGAUCUCAUUUUAAAAGCUACUCAACCACAAAUGUUGUUAUUCAAUCUAUAUGAUGAUUGGUUAAACAACAUUUCGUCCUUUACUGCUUUUAGUAGAUUAAUUUUAAUUCUUAGAAGUUUACAUAUAAACCCACAGCAAUCCAAAAUAUUAUUACAACCAAAUAAAAAUAUUAUUACACAACCACAUCAUAUAUGGCCUUCCUUUAAUAACAACCAAUGGAUUAAUUUAGAAGUACAACUAAAGGAUCUAAUACUAAAUGAUUACUCAAAGAGAAAUAAUGUACAUAUUGCUUCUCUAACACAAAAUGAAAUAAGAGAUAUACUAUUAGGUAUGGAAAUAACCCCACCAUCUAUCCAAAGACAACAAAUAGCAGAACUGGAAAAAAAUAAUAUAGAUAAUAUUGAACAGCAAAUGAAAGUUACUACAUCUAAAACGACAACAAAGCAUGGAACAGAAAUCAUCGUUUCAACAUUAUCACCACAUGAACAACAAACAUUUACAACAAAAACGGAUUGGAAAAUAAGAUAUCUAGCGAACAAUUCUUUAUUAUUUAGAACAAAACAUAUCUAUGUUAAUAAUAAUAGUUCUUUAAAAAAUGUAAAUCAAAAUGGUAGUAUGAAUGCAGUGAGCACAAUUAAUGAUUACACAUACGUAAUUGCAAAAAAUCUUUUAGAAAAAUUUAUUUGUAUAUCUGAUUUAAAAAUACAAGUAGGUGGUUUCUUAUAUGGUUCAUCACCUGCUGACAAUUCGUAUGUGAAAGAAAUUAAAUGUAUACUUGUACCACCUCAGAUAGGGAACUACCAAUCAGUAACUUUAUCAAAUUAUUUACCAUCUAGUAAAUAUUUAGAAAAUUUAGAAAUACUAGGAUGGAUACAUACACAAACAACGAACUGUUCAAACACAAGUAAUCACUUAACGACCUAUGAUAUGGUUGCACACUUAUCAUUUUUGCAAGAAUGUAAAAUGAAAAAAAAUAAAAAAAAUAAUAAAGAAGCCAAUACCUCAGAUGAACAUGAUGCUGCUGAUGAUGAUACCAAUGAUGACAAUGUGGAAUUUUCAAAAUUUUGGGAAAAAAAUAAAACUAUUAUACUUACUUGUUCCUUUACACCUGGUAGUUGUACAAUCAAUGCAUACAAAUUAACAGAAGAAGGUUAUAGUUAUGCUAAAAGUAAAAAAAAUUCCCCUGACUUAUAUACAUAUCCGAAUAUGAACAACUUGUAUGAACAAGUUCAGAUUUUGCUGUCAAAUGUGUUCGUUGGCUUUUUCUUAAUACCUGAUGAUAAUAUAUGGAAUUACAAUUUAAUGGGAAUUAAAUUUAACAAUAAUCAAAAAUACUCGGCUCACUUAGACAUUCCCCAGUCCUUUUAUGCUGACAUACAUAGGCCCAAUCACUUUUUACAAUUUUCCCUACUAGAUCAACAUGAUGGGGAUGAGGCCGAUGUAGAAACAUCCUUCAUUUAA